AUGAAGCAAUUCAUCCCUACUCUCCUCUUUGCCCUUCCGGCACUCGCUACUCCGGCCCCAGCCCCGGACACGGCGGCCGAUGAUCCCCAGUCCACCAUCCUGCUGUGCGCCGACACAAACCAUGGUGGUAGCUGCAUCAACUGGUCUCAGAAGAGCCACUGCUGGGAUUUCCAGGACCCGGCUCUGAACCCUUUCAACGACCAGGUCUCGUCGGCUUACCCGGCAACCCCGAAUAUUGCAUGGGUUCUGCACGCGGACUACAACUGCGGAGGCGCUCAGGUCACCAUCACCGCCCCGGGGGCCGACGACCUGAACAGCCUCGGUUUCAACGACAAGGUCAGCGCGCUCUCGUGGCACGUCGCCUAA